AUAAAAGGAAGGUUGAGGUACCUCUACACAGCAGAAGGGACCACGCUGCCUGGGAGAGAAACAUACCGGGUUAAGGGCACUAAAACACUGCAUCACCUCCAGUAGAGAUCAGCACCUGAAGACACAAUGCUGACGGUAUUGGUCCUGGUCAUCAGUCUCCUGACACAGGCGAGGGCAGGUGAUAAUGCUACGACGGCGGUGAGGACGACGUGCCCCGAGGGCUUCAUGCCGCUGGGUACCGGCUGUUACUGCUACUUCGCCAUGAAGGAGACGUACGACAAGGCUCGGGAGAUCUGUCAGUUCCUCCCGGGGGAUAAUGUCGACCUGGCCGUCUUCGACUCCCACGCGGGCGACGCCACCUUCAUAUCCACCUUCGCAAUCAACAACGAGAUAAGCAGCCUGUGGGUGGGAAGCACUGACCAGGGCCACGAGGGAUACUGGACGUGGGUGGAUGGAAGACCUUUACACCCGGAAUCACCAUACUGGAACAUCACCAUGCCAAGGGGCAGUACCGCUUAUAAUUGUGGCAUUAUAUCUCAAGUGAUCGAGAAGUCGGUGAGGAUGCGUCUCAUGGAUAGUCAGUGCACUACUGCCUAUCCCUUCAUUUGUCAGCUGGGCCUGAACCCUCUGAAGUAGACCUGCUCUUGGUGUCACUUGUUUGUUUAUGCUGAAAAAUACACACACACUCAAUUCAAACAGUGUUUGAGUAUAUAAUUUUAUAAAAUCAUUAGAAUUUGAUUAUUUAGCCUCAUGAGUGAAAAUAAACUGUAUAACUAAC